GUUCGCACGUUUCUCAUCUGGGCGGGAUCUCGGCGAACACUCUCUGCCUCUGGACUCUUUACUUUCUCCACCGGGGAAAGGUUGAGGAAUGGGUGAGACAUUCGUGACAUACGUUGAUAGUAUUUUUAAUUCACUUUAAAUAACUUUUCCACUUCCUUAAGCAGAAUCGAAACAAAAUCGAAUAUGGAAAGCGCUAGCACAAGGUUAGGAAUUUUGAUUUCGUUGUGUGGAAGUUUUGUGCCAGUUUGGAGAAACCACAGGAACUUUGGACGGGAAAAACUUGUUCAUGUAGGUGAUCUUAGUUGUUCGUAGCUUACCUGUAUAGUAAGACAACAAUGAAGCUGGUAAAAAAGAAAAUACCGCCAUGACCGCCACCGUGUGAUAUAUGUGUGAGAUGAACGUGGAGAAAAAAACUGGAGCGAAUCCCUACAACCUGCAUACAUACGGAGACUGCCUUCAGAAGGUAAGGAAUGACGUUCCGAGGGUUCGGUGUGUAGGGAAAGGAUGUUAGUGAAAGCAGGCGUAUUUAAGCAUACAAAUCAACACACAUACACACCCCUCGUAUCCUCAGCCAGGAAUACGAGAAUGAAUAGUAAGGGGACAUUACAGAGAGCGGGCACUGAUGGCGAAGCGGAUUAGUUCGCCGCUUUUCCACCGAAAUGUCGCCACCGGAUGGCGCCAUUUAAGUUUAUCGUAUAAGGCACAGUGUGUGCGUGUGUGUGUUUGUCACGAACAGUGGACGAAGCGUGAGAGUGUGUUUCUUUUUGUGUUAAGUCGUUUAUUAGUGCUGCCAUUUUUCCUCCAAGUCUUCGGCGCCACGUUUCGUCGAACGAUCGAUCGUGCGAUGAACACUGAUCGCGAACGAUCGCUGGACGGAGCGGGACCGAGCUUGCGGUGGAAUUGUGUGCAACCGAAACAGUAAAGUGAAAUUUCUAAAUUACUAAUCAAAGGGCCGACUGAAAUGGCCGGCCAGCGAAAUGGAGACGGGCAGGGUCGCCCGCCAUUAUGUGUGCGUGGGGGUGUUUGUGUCGAUGGAACGCUGGAAGGGUGUAAUAAGGUGUGCCAAUGUUUGUUGUUGGCGAGGCGACGAUCAAAAUCAUAUUGAUGAUGAAUUUAAACAAUUCAAUUAAAAGAAAAAGUUUUUAUUUAUUCCACAAAAACACUAUGCUUUCGUUCUUUACAUUUUGUUUCCUUUUCUCAUCUUUUUCGUAAAUUUUCUUUAAUCUAUAAAAUCUAUACUGAAUUGCUAAUUUUUCCUUUUGUUAAAAAUUAAAGAAGAAAUUAAAUUUCUUCUUUAAUUUUUUGUAAAAUAUCUUUUUGUUAUUUAAUUUCAUGAAUAUUUUCAAAAAUAUGUUCCUGUUUUUUCAUCAUUCCUUACUGUUCUUCUUCAUCUUCAUCGUGUGAUACAUAAUCGCGCCAACCUUUCGCCUCCAGCUCUCGGACCGGCGUUUAGUAGAAGAUCAAGCAAAAGCAUCCUUAAACUUACGAGUUGUAUUAUUAAAUUAUUAGCAAACAAACAAAGUAAUAAAAAACAAGAAAGCAAACCAAUCCCGUACACGAAACCCGUCAGCGGAAACCCCACCCACUGACCGGGAUGAUCGGUGACCCCUUUUGUACCAUAUGAGUAGAGAGAGGAAGUUUUGAACCCAAACAAUAAUGCACAAAUAUUUACUUAAACACGCCUACACGAGGAGGAGCAGCAGAACCUUACCGAAUACUUACCGAAUUCGAUCGAAAUGCACCCAACCCACGAAGACAAAAAAAAUCAAACCCAACUUAAAACUGAAUCUACGUAAAAAAACAGCGAAAGCGAAAAAGAUAAAUAAGAAGAAAAAACAGUUAAAGUAUCCUUAUCAAAAGAAAGAAGGAACAGAAAAAAAGGAAGCUCUCCAGCAUAUGAGAAUAAAGCAAAAAAGUUAAAAAAAGAAAAACAACACACAACCAAACAGAUCACAAAUCUCCAGUACUCGUGAGAAGACGAAAAAAAAACCAACGCGCAAAAUUAUCACCAGCGGCAAGACUGUGAUAUAUAAGAAAAAGAAAGGGGCAAAAAUAUACUAUUAACUCGUAACUGGAAAGAAAAAAACGACAACAGAACACACUAAAAAACAAGGAGAAACACAUUCCAAAAAAGAUCGGGAAAAAAUAUCAAACAAAAGGUAGAUCGGGAAAGGAAGAAGGUAAAGGAUACAGCAGAACACACACGAACGGUUCAUAUAGUGAAGAGGUAUUAUAAAACUAUUUUAAUCCUAAGCGUGAUGCCAAUUAAGAAAACUUCCAUUUUCUCAUAGAAAUUCCUACCUUUUGACUUUAAUCAUUUUUUUACAAACAAAGAAAUUGUUGUUGAACGGGAGAAUCAUUCUUCAAAAUAAAUAUACCCAACUUCAGCACCCUUCAUUUAUGUUGUCAUCAAGAGCUCGCUUUUGCUAAAGGAAAAUGCGUUGUAAGUAAAUAAAAAAUCCGCAUCCGUUGAAAAUUCGGGAAAUAAUCUGAAACAACCAAUGGAAGAGAAUCUACAGUCGCAUUUCUUAUAACAAUGUACCAAAAUUCAAUCCUAAGACUCUAAAGCCCAAAAGCGGAAGGCCAAACACAUAGACAUAAUGCCGAGGCGUUCGCGCAGUACGCAGCUCCCACAGUGUGUUCCUUGAGCAGUGGCAAACUGUAGGAAGAAAGAUUGAAAUUGGCAUCGACAUUACUAAUUCGUAAGCUAGUUUCAAUUCCUUAACGGUGAGCAUUGCAAUCUCUUUAGGUAAAUAGAAGGAGACAUUUUACAGAUGUUUAAGGUUUUUUUUAUUACAUAUUCUAUUUUUGGGUUGAAAAACAGGUUAACGUACGCAUUUAAAAGACAUAACCGAACUUUUGCUCGAAUCCUAUACCAUAGGAUACGAUCAUUCGAAUUCUAGAGUGACCUCAUGGCAGGUAAAUGGGAUCUUCGAUGCCAUACAAAUAACAGCAACUGUGUUGCUGUAUCUUGUUGUUAGGGAUCUAUAAGAUCCUGCGAUAUGUAUUCCCUCAAAAAUUCUAUUGGUCUCUACUGAGGUCAGUUGGAAGUCUGGAAAAAAUUAUUUAAAAUCACAGUCAACUUCUCCUCCUGAGUCAUUGUCUGACGGAAGUCUUCGUCUUAGACUAGUCUUAGACAUCUUGUUCAGAAUAUUUUUCGCCGGUUGGACGGAUGAUCUGACACUUGAUUCAAAGCUUCACGAUCAUUAAACUACUUGGCUUACCUUGAAUAAUCUUCAAGAGUGCUAAUCGUACCUCCGAUCGAAACUCUUAACCAUUGUUAGUUCUAGCUAUUCAAAAUCAUAUAACAUCUCUUUUAUUUUAGAAUGUCAAUAAAAGAGGUGAUUCAAAACACAUGGGCAGCUUGGUGAAUCGUCAGAACCCAGAGCCAUGGUUAAGGCUUGUCAUAUUCUUUAAUGCGUACGUUAUUAUGUUAUGUUAGUAAUAUGGAAGAUAAACCAAUUAAAAAUGUUUCUGUUUUAUUGUUGUGUGCCAAAGACCAGUUCUUAAGAUUAUACUUUUUGUUACUUGAUACAAUAGUAUAGAAAUUAUAAAUCACCAUCGUUAUCUGUUAAGGAAUAUGCUCACUCUAUUAGCCAAUUUUACUGUUUAGAGUUUAUUAAAGAGUUUUGACCAACUUCAAUAAGCAACUCCGUUAAACUUCAAUGUGUUCAAUUGGGAUGGUGCCAAAAAAGCUUCCUUCCAGCUAUUUACGCACAAAAAACUAGUCCAAGACUUCCUUCUCCUUCCUUCGUACGUUAUACACUCGGGUUGCGUGAGAUCCACCAAGUGUAAGCGUUUUUCUCUCCACUCCCACAUUUAAACAAAAUCUAAAAGUGCGUAGUUCUAGCUCGUGUCAGUAGCGCGUGUGUACCGUCUGUUCCACCAAAGACACAAGAAGUGAAUGAACAAAAGUGAUAUAGUGGAUUGGGGUUUGCAAGGAAUGUUUAGAACAAAACCACAAUCCUACUGCAAGUAAAACACUAUAAAGCGAGACAACAAAAAAAAAACAACCAAAACAACCCCGAUCAACGAUUUAAACCGUAACUGCACACCACCCGUCCAUAUUGUCAUGGACGUAUAUUUGUGGUGUAGCAGCAUGUACAUAGUUCUCCAUUGUCUUGGCCUCGGGCCGAGGUACGGAUGGAUCCUGUUUUCUUUUUUCGGUGUGCGUGUGUGUGUUUGUGUGAGUGAGAGGUAAUUCCACGACACAGUAUAGAAUAAUUAAUGCAACAAAAAAAAAAACCCGUAAAUCAUACAUUUUCAAUCAAUUAUGCAUAGAUAAGCCGAUAGUUAAUUGACAAAAGCAAAUUGGAGGUGGGAGAAGCAAAGCAAAAAAAAAAAUGGAAGCGUGGUGGGAUAUAAACCAAGAGUAAAAUUAAUAAGCAAAAACAUUAAAGAAAAAGACCCCCCUCCCCCCAAAACCAAGAACACAGAAAACCGUAACGUUUAAAAACUCUAAAAAGUAAAUAAAUAUAAAGCCAAACUAUAUACAUACUUAUACAUAUAAAUAAAUAUACAUAUACACAUGAUAACUAGUUAUACAUUACCUUACCGCGUACACACCUAAUUAUAGGGCAAUGAAUUAUUAAGGUUAAAUAAGGCAAACAAACAAACAAACAAAAAAUCGUACCAUCGAGCGACCCCGUCGCACAUGGUCUUACAUCAACUGGCUGGUGGAGGGGGGCGUGCGAGCGCGAACGGCAAAAGUCCUUCGCUGGCGGUAGCUAAUACUACGGCGUUUUUUUUUUGCACGGUCCGCUGGGCAUGCCCUCCGUUCCAAUACGAGCAAAUCGAGGCGUUUUGAGCGUGAAUUAUAGAGCACCCAACUUUCAGUACCAUCCGUGGUAGGCGCAUGGCACGGGAAGAGGGAGCUGGUGGGGGAAAGAGCAGAGGAGCAGAGGUAGGAUCUGGAGGGUGGACAUGGAGAUAACGUUGGUGACGGGGAGCUCUUCCCGACCUCCAAACAUUUGUCCGUUCUUCACCCGAAAGGCCUUCCCUCCUUCCUCGGCACCAUCACCAACGACCUCGCGCGGUGACCGGAGCCGAAGCGGUGGCUGAAAUAUUUAAGAAAUUCUAUGAAUUUUUCAUAAAAAGUAAAGGUAAACCAAAUUGUAAAGUUGAAGCUAGCUUUGUAAGGAAAACAUAAUCAAUUCUUUAGGAAAAACAAACUCCCCCUAGAUACUUACGGUAAUAAUGAAAUCAAAUCGGAAUGAAUCCCCUUUCACUCAUAUAGAUUUACGAAAUAAAAAAAAAACCCUAGACUAGAGAAUGGAAAUUGUAAGGUGUAGUGUGUGCGAGAGAGAAAGAGAGAGAGAGGAAAUGCUACGAAUGCGGGGCACACUCAGCCACACUUACACAGUUUACUAGCGAUUAAGCCAAGGUUCGGUGAAGGACACAGAGGACACAAAUGACGAUAUUGUUGAGUGAGCGAUUUUCGAAAAUUAAACAUAAUUACAAAUUUAAAACACACACAAACUGGUGGCCAAUCAUUGCGAUUGCGUGCGAUAAUUUAUUAGAUCCGAAUAUAAUAGAACAAUUAAGAAGGGGGGCCUGAACCGAACGACGAAUUCAAUCGCUCCCGAAGAAAACCUAGCUCAUAAGCACCACAGCACUGGAGGUGGUCUGUGAGCGGAGUUAGGGACAAAGUUACGCAAAAAAAAGGUAACCAAGUUGUGUACGAACAAAAACUUACAUUUACUAUAGGUAAGGUUUACUGAGCAUUGCAAAGAAGCAAAAAGCAACCUAAAGUUUAAAGUUACACGUAAACAAACAAAAAAACAACUGAGAGCAUGAGAAUUACCUGCGAAUUGUGUGCCAAGCCAACAAAAAAAAAACGAACGCAAGGCAACGGGAACUGUGUGUUUCAAGCGUGUUUGUGUAUCGCUGGCCAUGGGCACGAGGAAGGAAGGAAAAGGGCAAAUCACACACCCACACACAGAGAGAUUUAAGUCAAUGCAUGCGAACCUUUAUUGCAAACAAUUUUCACGUAACGCAAAAACCAAACGCAUCCUUGCAUCCUUGUAAUGUAAUCGUUUCAUCCGUUUCGAAGAAUUCGAUGCAUUUUUCCUACAUAAAUGAGUGAGUUCGUGAAGAAAGAGAGGUUGGAAGUACGAGUAAGGAAGCAAGUAAAUCUAAAAACAAACUAAAACCCGUAAAUUAAUCGAAUUUCAAUAACAAAAAAAAGGAAAAAUACAAAACACACACACAAACAAUCAGCAAACGAACACACAAAACUCAACAGCACUGUGAAGAUUUUUUUUUGUUUCAAAAUUGUAUCUCAAACGUGUGAGUUUAGGUGAAAUGAGCAGAACAGGAAUGAGUAAGCAGAAAAAGACACCGAUGAACUAGCGUAAAGUAAGUCCUUUCCUCCCUGAUGCAAUUUAAUAAUGCACCGUUGCGUUUUGUUUUCUCUCGCAAAUAUUGCACCAGAGUUCCAGAGGAGAGAUAGCUAGACAGAGGUGAAAAACAGGGCAAGGAAAAAUAAGGAAAACACUGUACACCGUUAGGAGGAGCAUCAGGAGGACGAAGUUGCGGUGAGGGAUCCUAAAGACAAAAUUGUACCAUAUCAUGGGCAUUGGGAAGUACUUAGGUAAGUGUUAGAGGGCGCAGAUAUUGGUGCGGAAAUCUGAAUGAUACACAGCUCCAGCUUCUUUCGCUCCCCGAUCCCACCCACCACGCAUCGACCCCAAAACCCCCACCUGCAUUCUUUGUACGAUGCUCCCACGACCGUUUUCUAUCCCAACGAGGCAAUCGAUUCCUAGAUUAGCAAGAAAAGGAGAGCGAAGAAGGACGUUUGUUAGCUACGUUACAUCCAGCAAUCCCCGUACGACUAGGCUAGACUUCAUUUACACCACCGUUUAAGUACGCAACUGGCUCGCGCAUUGACUGAUAAGCGACCCCGACACUGUCAGCGGUGUUCAAGUAUUUACAAUCUAUUUCAAAUGCUUUCUUUACACUUUAAUUUUGGAUACUUUUUAUCAUAGUUUCUCUCUAUCUCUGUCCCACAACAACAAAUCAAAGCCGCACCGUAUUUGUAUCACUUAUACCAACCGGUUCCCAACCUUUUUUGGGUGUGGAAAGUCUCCCUCCUCCCGCGGAGUGGGGGAAACGCAGUGUUAGUGUCUCCGGGAUUGUAGGAAGAGCUCGGUAGGAAAGUAGAAAUUUACAUCCCGUCUCACGCGGUGAUAUUUUACUAGGAUUGGGGGAGGCUCUUUUGCCACCUUCAAAUGGCUGAUUCGAAAGCAAGCGCAAGACAACAAAAGGGACGAUGGUUUUGAGUUAUUAUGUUUACUGCGCCCCGUACUGGUUGAGAUAGCCCUCGCAAGCGUAUAUUUUUUGGUACAGUUUUAUACCAACCCUCAGAAAAAAGGAAGAUUAGAGAAGAAGAACCACCCCCCCAGGACUGAGCCAGAUAUCGACUAAAUUUAUUGCCCUCUUGCAAGUAAACAUACAGAGAUACACACACACACACACAGUAAUUAUUCUUGUCCCCACGAAAAAAAAACCUAUAAUUGCAACUGCACGACCGACACUAAUUGCACCAGACGCAAUCGGAACGAAUAGGAAAAAGGUAGAAGAAUGGAAAACUCUCUUACUCUAAUACUAAUAUAUACCACACUCACGAAUUGCAGAGACAUUAAGGAAAAAAAACACACACGUACAUGCACCACACCACACUCAAACAUACAAUUUUCUAAGCAGUUUACAUAAAUUUGAUAAAUGUGAAUAUUUUAAUUAGUAAAGCGGUAAACCUAACCGGAUAAAGAAACGAACAUCCAUCAAAAGGACUAUAGGAAAUGUCUUACCACACUAGUCAAAAUACACGAAAACACCUAAACAAAAAAAAAUGAAAGGAAAAUUAUAAUGCAAAAAGAAGUUUAAAAAGAAGAGAUAAUUAAAAUCAUCUACUUAAACUAAACAACAACAGGAAAAAAGAGAGAAUUGUUUGUCUUAUUCUAAUGAAUUUUCAAAUACUUUUAUUUCUUUCUGUUCAGAGUUUUUGGUGAAUUCUUUUUCAAAUUGUAAAUUAUCUUCCAAUUUCAUCACUUGUGUUUUCUUUUCUUUUUUUCAGAUUUAAAUCUCUAUUUUUCAUUACUUUGUAAAAAAUUGUGCCAAAUAAAAAUUGGCGCUCAAUGUUGAAAGAACGCAACGAUUUUAAAUGUUUCAACGACUCUCUGUCUCUUCUAUCUCUCUCUCUCCUCUCUCUCUCUCUCUCUCUCUCUCUCUUUGCACAACCCGUGAUUAGACGUUCCCGAUGUAUCACUCUCAUUAUAAUUCGGUUUCACGUCAUCUCCCGUAAGAUUUAAGCAUCUUACUAAGCAAUAAUUCAAAUGCAUCCUUGAUAAAUUAAAACACCGUAACACGAUAUUGGAACGUUCUUAUAUCUGCGUAUUGCAUCAAAGCAUUAAAUCAUGAGUCACAAAUUAAGUAUCGGCAUGCCGAGAGAGAAGCCGAUUCCGAUACAGGAAAAGCGGUUAGGCAGUCGCACAAUUUAAAACAAGAAAAAAAUACAAACAAAUGAAAACACACACACAACAUAACACAAGCAGGAGAGGGUUUGUUUCUGCGUUCGAAUGCACAGCAAUGGCACCAAAGCACGAUACGGCAUGCGAACGUUCAUCACCAUCUGUAGAUAUGACAUUGAACAAAUUAAUAAUCGAAUUAUUCAAAUGGAAAGCAACGCAAUUUGGGUGACUAUGGGACAACGGUAGUGUCUAGCAGGACAGAACCAUUGAGAGCGAGUGGAAAUGCAAGAGGUGGCAGAAUAUCAGUACACAGCACACACACACACACACACACACACGUAAACUUCACUGAACACAGAAAAACUACACGAAGUAACUCUACCGAAUGGACUGCCAUUGUGUAUAAGAGAUUUGAAAUCCCGCAACAACAAAAAAGUGAACAAAUCAGACAAAUACAAUAUCAACACUACCAUCGGGUCACUUUAGGACACUUACACUCUGCAAUACAGCAACUUCAACUCUAGACAAGACUCUAGUGGCGGUGUAGUUAAAGUCGUUUAUCGUCAAGCAAUUGGUCGAACGAAGCGCUCUUGAAAUCUCUUGAAGCAAAGCAAAUGGUGGAGCUGCCCGUGAGGCGUAUGUGAUUUUGUACAUAUUAAAAAAACCAAAAAUCUUAGGAACUCAAAAAGGAAAUCAUAAGCCAGAAAGUAUAUAGUGUAGUCGUUGCGGUCAAUCGAAAGAAGAAAGAAAAAUACGAAGGAACACGGAUAAGAGGCGACAUUGAAACCAAUUAAGAGUACGUUAAUCAUACAUUUGAACGAAGAAGAAGAAGAAGCAGCAGAGAAAAAACAGGAAUCACACUGGCCAUUUCACCUGGGUACAAGCAAAUGCCAUCAGUCCGGAACCGGAAGAAAUGCACACAAUCGGGUUCGGGACGGUCACUCAAUUUCCAACCUUCGAAUGUCAAUCGUUUCGUACGUCAGAUAUAUUAAACCGUAAUACAAAAAAGAAGAGAAAACAAGCCCCAAGCAAAAAAAAGAAAAGAAUACUAACAAACAAUUUAAGCGAAUUUGCAGAGUAAAAUAUUUAUAAAGUCUACUUAAAGAAACAAAGAAGCAAACAGCAAAUCAACAGGAAAUAUUAACAAAAAAGUAAAAUGCAAAUGGUUUCGUUGCAAGCAAGACAGACAUAUUAAAAAACCAUCCCCCCGUACGACACACACACUAGGACUGUUAAAGUGUACACACACAAACAUGCGAAAGAGAGAGAUAGCAACAACAUGUUGUCCCGAUACAUCCAGUAAAUCGUCGUGCAAGGCGUCUCGAUUAGCUAACGGAAUGGAAGAAAAAGACGUUUUGUUACGUUUAGUGUAAAAUAAAGUGAACGAACAUAAAUUACCUAUCACCUAGAACGCAAAAAAGGAACAGCAAACAAACACUGGUUCACCAUAUCAGUAUGAGCGGUAAGCUCAAUUUAGACCAUAAAAGGCUAGGCCGGGCCUUGUUGUUGCGGUAGCGGCUAGAUAAUUUUCCUACUCUCACUGUCAAUAAACUAGAUACACCGAAAACCGAAUACUUGCCACAGCAGACAAGAAAACAAAAAAAAAUAAAAGAACAAACCCACUAGAGAGAACAAAAAAAAAAACAAAAACCAAAUGAUUCUACCACCCAAAGCACAGUGUAGCCCAAUUUGCAGCGUUACGCUAGAUACAAUGCAAAACAACAAACAUUCAACUAAGAAUUGAAAGAAUCGUUCAAAACUGUUCUAGACAAAGCAAAGAUACGGAAUACCUUUAAUUAUGCAGAAAAUAAACAUAAAAAUACCACACCACCUGUACACAGAAACCAAUAGCAAACUAAAAACACCGAGCAAGAGGACACACACACACACAAAGUGCAAAACAUGCCAGUAAAAGUAAAGCAGAAAACCAUCACUUAAAGUAAAACAAAUGUAAAAAACGCUGGAAUUAACCAAACCAAAAGAUUGAGAGGCAGCAACAGGCAAAUGCAAAACGGACAAAUAUACAAAUAGGUUGAAGAUGAUUUGAAAUAUUUUUGUGCAACAUUCAUGUAGCUUAAAACUGGUAUAAAUGAUGUGUUACGUACGCGGGAACUUUGUGUCAAAAAAUGCUGCUUAUAGUUUUUUUUUAUGUGAGUUUUAUUUUUCUACCCGACCGUUUACUUACCAUUUUGCGGAUGGUAAUAUCGAGAGCAUGAAGGAUGUAGGCCCGAUCUUUAGUCGCUAACAAAAACAAAAAGGUUGCAAACCUCCUGUACGAGAUUUAUACUCGAACUCAUCAAUUCAAACUAGCCAAAUUGUUACGAAAAACGAACACGAAAUAUGCGCGAAAUAAAACAUUUCAGAAAAAACACACAAACACACAUUAAAAGUCACAGUAAUGGACGCGAAUGGUACCACUGUGCAAAGUGGAAUGGCAAUACUUAGAUACUGCGAUUACUACUACUACUACUACUACUACGGUACGGCAGAAAGGAACCAAUAGCAUUGCACAAACACAGAGCGAAAGAGAAAGAGAGAAAAGGAGGGACAUACACACAUGACACAGACAGGACCACGGUACAGCCACUAAAUCGAAUUCUAGUUUUGCCAAAUCAGUGCGUUUUUGUAACGAAUUGAACACGAAACACGCAUAGUGCACAGCGAAUACUGUGUCGAAUAAAAAAUAGUAAAUCGAAGAACAAGAAAACACGCACACACUUCUGGACCGACCCGCAUUACAGUAGAACAGCCGAACAGCUCUAGCGAGCAAAAGAGACGACGAAUACGGACGAGUACGUGAGAAGGCGAAAUAGUAGUGACAUGAGGAAUAGUCAAGCGCGAGGGAUGAAUGAUUGAGGAGAAGAAGCGGGAGGGAUGUGAACUCUGAAAAUACGUUUCUGAUAAUAAAUUAAAAAAUUGACAAAAAAUUAA